CUGUCCUCCCCGUAGUCUCAUUCCGUGUCUCUCUCCAUCAGCAGCGGUCUGGAUGCUUGCAGGGACAGAAACAUGGCUGUGAAUCUCGGCAAGAACAGACUGGCCCUGCUGACCGCCUACCAGGACGUCAUUGACGAGACCUCGGACACCGACUGGGCCUUGUACGCAUAUGAGGAUGAAAGCAAUGAUUUGACACUGGCCUCCUCAGGAGGAGGCGGGCUGGCAGAGAUCACACUGACCUUUGACAGCGCCAGGGUGAUGUACGGCUUCUGCAGCCUGAAGGAUCCCACCGCCGCUCUGCCACGAUACAUCCUCAUCAACUGGGUUGGGGAUGAUGUGGCCGAUGCCAGAAAGUGUGCCUGUGCCAGCCACGUUGCCACCAUCGCAGACUUCUUUCAGGGGGUGGAGGUCACCGUCAAUGCCAGCAGUCUGGAGGACAUCGACCCGUCAGCCAUCGGGCAGCGGCUGACCAACGGGAUGGCGGCGGUGGCGAGUCCAGUCAUGAGCCGUCUGAGAACCCGAGAGGAAGAGAAAGGAGACGUGGGCACAGUGUACGAGAAGACCAAUGCAGAGGUGGAGAUGAAGAAAAUCAAUAGAGAGGAGUUUUGGGAGCAGGCCAAGCGCGAGGAGGAGGUAAGGAAGGAGGAGGAGAAGAAGAAGGCAGCAGAGGAGCGGCAGCGCUUCGAGGAGGAGAGAAUGGAGCUGGAGAGGAAAGAGCAGGAGAGCCGAGAGCUGAGGUACCGCGAGAGAGAGAUGCAGAUCGAGGAGCACAGGAAGAAGAUGCAGGAUGAGGAAGAGGCCAAAGAGAGGUUGCGGAGCCAGACCACCAUAGUAUCAGAGCCGAGCCUCGAUGACCUCAACCUGAACAAGAAGGAGACUGAGGUAGAGGAGGCGAAGGCCAUCAUCGCUCAGCGGUCAGGAAACCCCCGAGAGUUUUUCAAGCAGAAGGAGAGAGCCAUGACCAUCAGUGUUGACACCUCACCCGUCUCCGUCCACAGGACCGGGGAUGAUGAUGACGACGACGAUGACGAUGAAGGAAGAACAGAGCGUAACAUGGCUGCUGUGUCGCCCAUUCCUAAAAUUGUCACCACACCCAUCAAAGAGGACUUCUGCAGGGAUGACGACUCCAGAGACGAAUGGGAUUCGGUGCCAAAGCAGGAGCAGAAACCACCAGUUCAGGAGUCGACACCCACCAAGCCCGUGCAGAGUGUCGCCCCGCAGGCCCGAAACUCCGCCGGAUUCUCUGUUUGGGAGUCCGGGACAGACAGCCUGGUUGACCUGUGGGACAGCAGCUCUGGCGCUCCCGACCCCUCUCAGACCUCCCAGUCCUCCAAUUUGGUGGACCUGAUGGGUGACGCUAAUGUCCCGUCCAGCACCGCCACCACCAGCGCCAAGCCUCAGCCCCUCCUCAGCUUCGAUGAGAUGAUGGACGGAACCUUCUGCUCAGCCACCGCCGCUGAGGACGACCCCACCAGUCUGGUGGACGUCACAACCUCUGAUCAGAUGACCCUCAGCUACCAGCAUGCACUGCAGCAUGCAUCCGGGGAGAUAAAGGAGCUGGAUGAUGGACAGCUGCUGAUGACCAAUGGGGAGACGCUGCUUAAAGAAGGGACUCAGGCGAGUGAGGGCUAUUUUAGCCAAUCACAGGAGGAAGAAUUUGGCCAAUCAGAAGAGUCCUCGGCUAAACCUGCACCGGUCUUUUAUAACAAGCCACCAGAGAUUGACAUUACAUGCUGGGACACGGACCCCGUGGUCGACGAUGACGAUGACUAACCGGCAAAUCAGAAACCACCACGGGACCAAGUGGAAGUAGGAAGUGCGCUUCAUGAAGAAACAGAUUUUUUUUCUAAAAAACAAAACACAAAUAAAUAAAAAAAAAGUAAUAAUAAUAAUAACAAAUCUUGCAUCAAACUACUUCUGUAUUAUCUUUUAGAGGAAAACAAACAGUAGCCACCGAAAAAAAAAAGUUUGAGUUAUUGUUAAAGGCGGUUUGAAGGCUCAGUUAUGGGUUUUUUUUCUGUGUGUUUGUUAUUUUAUUUAUUUGUUUUUUUCUUCUUUUUCUUUUUGCUAUGCAGAUGUUUUAGCCGGGAGCGGGGGGACUUUUGUUUGUGUAAAUGAUUUAUUACACAUUAACGUAGCGCACUGCUGCAUAUUAGAGACAAUGAAGCCCAGUGUGUGGCCGGCAGCAGACACACUUAGUCUGUAGUGCUUUAAUAACACCCUAUAAAACUAAUACAGUGGAUCAUUACAGCUGCCAUGUAUAUCUACACUCUCUUUCUUUCUUACCUCUUUUUCACCAUCCUUCUUCUUCUGCCUUCCUACCAAAAUAUCCAGAAAUAAUCACUACUGCAGGUCAGAUAAUCUUGUAUUUAGCCCUCGCAAUAUCAGAAAAAGGUAAAAACUUUAUUUAUUUGGGGGAACUGAACUUCUUUCACUAACAACUGAUGAGACUUCAGAAGAAAUCAGGUCUUAUAUCAAGAUGGAAUUCCUGAAACAAAUCAAAUUGUGUUUCCGUUUGACCUUUUUCGCUACUUUUUGUAUGAUUUUAAGACUGAAUACAAGAUUAAAUGGCUUGUAAAUCUGGUUUGCUUUUCAGUGCACUUUUGUUUCUUCUUCUGCCUCCUUGUCGAUGAAGUGCAGCUUCUCAAUCAAACCCUCCUCUCUGGUUCCAUAAAAUUCAUCAUUUUUACCCCACUUAUAUAUUUACACAAGCAAAAAAAAAGAAGCAUUUUUUUGCAUUUAAUCUAGAUGAAUAUACUGUAGAUAUUUUUCCAAGUGUUAACAGUUUUUUAGCAGAGUUUGGCUAUAAGGGAAUGAACAUGAAGCCACCUUCAGCUUGUGCACAAUAGUAAGAAAACAAUAAAUCCUUUAUAUGAUUCUUCUGCAAACUCUCCAAAGGCUAACAAUGAGACUUUUGCACCAAGCCCUUCAUAAUGUGGCCAUUUUUGAACAAAAGCGGGCACAGUUCCUGUUCAGAGUCGAGGAUGUUUGGGAGGCAGGAAGCCCUGCCUUUUCCUAUUUUUUUUUCAUUCAGUUUAAUGUUCAUUUCUGGAAGUUAGGCCUUACUGUCCCACUCAGACAGAGGCUGAGUUAGAUCCUUGAUGACCGAGGGAGGGUGGGAUGAAACAGCUGGAAGCAAACUUGGGCCACACAAUGUUUGCAAAUAAUAUCUUGUUUAAUUUUGUUUAAAUUUGCAUGGAGGACCAGAUGUUCAUGAUCUAUCAAAUCAACACUGAUCAAGUUCAUUUUAUGCAUAGAUCCCAGUGUUUAGUCUGGGAAAGAAAGGAAGGAAUAACAAUUACAGAAAUCAAUUAAAUCUACAUGUGUGCUUGUGAGCACUGUAUGACAAUAAACUGUGUCUGAAUCCUCCACCACUGCUACUUAGCAUACAGUUGUGGAAAAAAUAUUAGACCACCCUUGUUUUCUUCAAUAUAUUGUUCAUUUUUAUGCCUGGUACAACUAAAGGUACAUUUAUUUGAACAAAUCUAAUGAUAACAACAAAAAUAGCUCAUAAGAGUUUAAUAUAAGAGCUGAUAUCUAGUCAUUUUCCAUGGUUUACUUGAUAAUGAUUUUGGUUAUUAUAAAAAAAAAAAAAAACAUGGAAAAUGGCUAGAUAUCAGCUCUGAAAUGAAACUCUUAUGAUAUAUUUUUGUUGUUAUCAUUAGAUUUGUCUAAACAAAUGUACCUUUAGUUGUACGAGGCGUUAAAUGAACAAGAAACUGAAGAAAAGAGUGGUCUAAUAAUUUUUUCCAUGACCGUACAUAAAAUCUCUGUCUUUGACAUUGACUAUUUUAAUGUGUCCCUUGUAAGUCCCAAAAAUUUAACUAAUAUAUGUUUUAUGUGGUUGGUUCAUUUUACCUAAGACUUCUGUGCAGAUAGGAGUAAAUCACUAUAUGGGACAAGACAACAAAUACCAGAACAACUUUUCAGUAAAAUAUAUUUGACAUUUGAAAACUCCUCUGACAUCUGUUACUCCAAGCAGCUUAAAACAAACACCAAAAGUGAUUCUUAAAUCCCAUCUGACCUACGUCUGCUGCCCGACUGCUUUUGUUCUGUGCCAAUGCAAAACAUACUAUGUACUUUAUUUUUAUUUUUUAUUGAUGCAAUAUUUAGUUGCCCUGGAAACUGGAGUAAGAGAUGGGGCGGGCCGAGACAAACGGGAGGUGUGUGUGUUUUUAAUACCUGUCAAAAAGUGUGCUAGAAUUGAUUUUCAGGGCCUUUUUGAAUAUUAGCAACAACAGUGUUAGUCUUUUUUUGCUGUAAAUUCCUGUAGAAAAUAAAAACUCCUAGGCAAUAACA